UUUCCAAAAUUCUCCAGCCGCUCAAGGGGAGGACAGCCCGCAGAUGCUAUUCCUCCGCCGCAUACGAUGUACAAUCGCGGCAGGUGCACUUUGGAGAUUGGUCCUCACAUAUUCACGGAAACCACCAUGUUUGAAGUUCACUAUCAUCCCGUCCUUGUACACGCAGCACCCGGACCUGCUUAUGCGCAACAACCAGGUACUAACAAUUCUGUCUCACAAGGACCAUCUACCGCUCCCCUUUCGACACUGCCAAACUCUCCUAGUAUUCCGCCGACCCUUAUCAACCAAGUGAACGCAGCUGCGCUCUCCAAUCCGACAUUGGCAAACUUACUGCAAUUGGCCGCUUCAGGACACGCAUCCAUGGACCAACUCAAAAACCUUGGCGUAACGAUACAGCAACUCGCAUCUUCAUCCGGGGUGAACUUAGAUGCUACUUCAAUGCAGUCUGCACAGGCACAGAACACGGCAACAGCUGUGGCAAAUGGUGCAGCGUCCUCUAUACAGCCUGUCUACCAAACCAAGGAUUUUGAUAUCGUAAUUGAAUUCCGUGAGUGUCCUACGGACCGUUGGAUCUUCCCUCGUGGUCCUGCCGUAGGGAAUUUCACUCCUGCGCCGGGUUCAAUGGGAGGCUAUGGCGAAAUUACUCUGUCUACGCGUGUUCCGUUUGAACAACGGACUCAAGUAGUUUUGGAAUCUCAACCUGAUGGACAACUUCGAUCGAAGACACCGGAACCCCAGGAAGUGGUGACUUUUCUUUUCAGCGGGGCAGGCGUUCCCGUAUGGGAUUCGAUAUUACGGUGGAUCGGCUCUAAAGACAAGGCAGAGGAAAACCGCAAGAUACUCGAAUCUAUUAAUACACCUCGACGCGUUUACUUGGCACAUAGAAUGGCGGAGAGCUCUCUGCUGGUGCAAAUUCAAAACGCUGCAGUUCCAUCAUUCUCUACGAAGCUCCUCAGGUCAGCCGCUGAGAGCAGCAAUAAACCAAAACGCAAGGCCGCACCUCGUAAACCUCCUCAUGGAGAGCCAGCUCCACCUCCACCAAAGAAAAAGCGCCAAACGCAGCCGAAACCCACGCCGUUACCAAAGAUAGCUUGCUUUGCUUGCGGCCAAACAGACGUCCCUCUAAUCAUGGGCGGAAGAUAUUGUCGUCCAUGUGUUGAAGCUGGCUGCGCAAUAGAUGACAUACCGCAAGUAGGCAGUAGCCGUUACACAUACCUAUCCUCUGCACAGGCCUCUAGGCAAGGCAGCAUGUCACAUACUCCAGAUGGCCGACAUCAGUCCGCUACUCUUUCAAAGACCCAUACGGUUUUUGUUCCGUAUCCUAAAGCGACAGAGCAGACGAGUAAUGUGCCGACGCCCGAUGCCAAGCAGAGUUAG